AUCGGCACAGCACGGCAGCCGAGCAGUUCGGGGUGCAGCCGCAGGGACGCCGCCCCGGUGCUCAUGAGAGAGCACCGGCUGCCCCAUGAGCCGCACUGUCGCUCUCCUGCUCCUCACCCAGCUCAGCUACCUGUGGGGGCUGGGAACAGACGAGCUGCCUGUGCAGCUGCCCGCGACCUCGGAGGCCGUGCUGGGGGGCGCAGCGCUGCUGAACUGCACCUACCCGCCCGCGGCGGACCUGAUCCUGUACUGGACCCGGCUGGGGCCAGACAGCGAGAGGAACGUCUACAUCUACUACAGAGGGGAACACCUGGCCUCACAUGACGACCUUGCCUAUCGGGGCCGGACCACUGUCCCAGCUGGUCAGCCCGGGCGCGGGGACGGGGCCCUCUGGCUACACAACGUGACGCUGGCUGACGAGGGCAGGUACCGGUGCCGGGUAAAGAGCGACCGCGGCAUGGGCAUAGCGGAGACGGAGCUACGGCUCAUAGAUGGUUUAUGA